AUGAAGCGCAGUAGCUCCUCGCCCGGUUCAGGCGAGUCACAGCGCAAACGCAAGGCAUCGUCUUCAAAUGAAGCAGUAGUUGCCCCAAAUGUUGCUGCUAGGCCUCAGCUACCGACUUCGUUUCCUCGAGGUGGUGGUACUGGACUCACGCCAGUUGAAUACCGUCAGUCUGUUCUUGAGGGUCGCAAAGAAUCGGCUGCUACUGAUGAUCUGUUCCAAGAGUCUAUGAGUGCAUCUAAAAAGAUGCGUGGUACAAAGCGCAAAAAAGAAAAAAAGGCUUUGGCAAAGGCUGAAGCAUCAAAAGAUCGAAUUCGUGUCGAGCUUUUGAAUUACAAGCGACUUUUGCCGGGAACCAAAAUAUUGUGUAAUAUUCAGGCUAUUCAUCCGCUAGCCCUCGUCGUGUCUAUGUGCGAUCAGAUGCUUGGACAUAUCCCUGUAACGAGCGUUAGUGAGAAGCUCACGGAACGCCUCCAAAACGCUCUAGAUCAGGAUGACGAGGACAACGAAGAGGAAGACGAAGAAGACGAGGAUGAAGAAGACGGUCCACCUGAGCUUCCAGACAUCUUUUCGGUUGGCCAGUGGGUGCGCGCGAGUGUUGAGUCUGUGACUUCAAUUGGCUCGAAACGCCAGUGGGGAAUGGGCCGUGAAGGCGGUGAAUACGAAAGAGAAAGCCAACGCGUCCAAUUAACGAUGGAGCCCCGUAUUGUGAAUGAAGGUAUUCGUGCAGAUGAUUUGAGUGAAGGUUACCUUUUAUCCGCGACGGUGCAGAGCCGCGAGGACUACGGAUACUCAUUGGAUUUGGGUGUGAGCGACGAUGUGCAUGGAUUUAUUCCGACCAAGGAGAUUCUUCGCGUGGGUGCUGUUCUAUUAGUCCAGGUGGCCUCGGUUGAUGGACGAGCGGUUAAGUGUAAGCAAGUCCAACAGGCAGCGCCUGCUCCCGUAUCCACGCCUCCUUCACAAAGCGCGAUUCUUCCUGGCUUGCCUGUCAAGGCUCUCAUUACAUCACAUGUACCACAAGGACUUUGCGUGAAACUUUUCGGCAUGUUAGAUGGUACAAUCGACUCGUUCCAUCUGCCUCGUGAUGUGGAUGAGAAAGAUCUAGCGCCUGGCAAGAAGGUGAUCGCACGGGUGCUAUGGAACAUGCCCGGCGAUUUUGAGCAAGCCCAAGAAGCGAGCGUAGAUGCUGUCGGUGCUCGGCGAAUUGGGCUUAGUUGCGCGCCUCAUGUUUGCUCAAUGGAAGCGCCGCUCGUGAAUGCAAAGCCCCUCACGGAGGCGUUUCCCAUCGGCACUCCGCUUCGUGUCCGUGUUGUGACGGUCUUCCGUGAGUGGGGUUUGGUGUGUCAGGUAAUAGGCCACGAUGUGGGUGCAUUUGUACACAUCUCCUUUGUAUCUGACGAGCAUGUAGAUGCUCUCUCGGCAACUGCUGGCCCAUGGUGCGUGGGUACAGAACACCAAGCUCGUGUCACGGGACACGCUCUGACGGACCGUUUGCUCAUGAUCAGUCUUCAGGCAUCGGUCCUCGAAAAAGAGUUUAUGCGUGUUAGUGAAGUGCCUCUUGGCCGUGUUGUGCGCGUCAGCAUCCGGAAGGUCACGCCAAAAGCCAUCUUUGUGCGCCUGAAUGGUAAUGUGGAUGGUGUCGUAUUCCCCUUGCACUUUUCAGACGUGCGCCUCACGCACCCUGAGAAAAAGUUCAAGCCGAAUUUGGAGCUUAAAGCGCGCAUUAUCCACACAGAUCCCAUGCGCAACCGUAUUGUGCUUUCUUUCAAACGCUCGCUUGUCACUUCUGAAUUGCCGCUGGUUGCGCACAUGAACGAGGCCAAAGUCGGUGUCAUUACGAAUGCCGUCGUGUUACGGCACUUGCAAGCGAGUAUCCUGGUAGAGCUGGGUGGUACGCUUCGGGCAGUUAUUCCCUUCUCCGAAGCGUCAGCCACGACCAUGCUAUCAGAACAGCUCCAGCAGCUUUAUCCUGCCGGUAAGGUUGUCAAGGUGCGCAUCACCAAGGUCGAGCCAGAAACCGGACGCAUCAUGGCGAGUAUCAAGCAGACAUCGCCCGAAUUCCUUCAGCACUUGAACGUGGAGGCUGUCCAAGUGGGUGAAAGUGUCAAGGCUCGCUUUGUCAGCGCACAGGACGGCGUGGCUAUCACGUUGCUGGAGCCUUCCAGCACUCGUGCGCUGCUUGCCCUGUCAAACCUCGCUCAGCAGCGUAACACGACUGUGGAUGAAUUGGAAGCUUCGCUGGAAGAAGGGGAGCUGCUGGAAGAUUUGUAUGUGGUCAGCAAGCAUGCUGCCAAAGGAUUUGUCGUGCUGAGUCAUGAAAAGCCUGUAUCCAAGAAACACAUCCAGCCAGGGGACGUAUACGAAGGCUGCGUUGUUCAGCGCCAGGAUGAGCACCUGUUUUGCCAUGUGGCCUUGAAGGGCACUUCGUGCCGCGCACGCUUGCAUAUUACGGAAUGCUUGGACGACUUAACCAAAGCGCGUCUCCCCGAGGUCGGUGAGCAUGUUACUUGCUGCGUGCUGCGUGCCCGCAAGGGAGGUAACGAAGCAGACGUUUCUAUUCGUCCAUCGCGACUCACUUCCGAUGCUCAAGUAAAGGAUCCUGCUAUUGGCUCGUCUGACCAACUGGAAGCUGGUAUGCACCUUCACGGCAUUGUCAAGGCCAUCACCAAUCAUGGUGUGUACGUUGCACUUGGACCACACACCGACGGACGUGUUAUGAUCAAGGAGCUCUUUGACGAAUAUAUCAAGGACUUCCGGAGCCAAUUCCAUGUGGGAGAAUGCGUGCGGGGUACAGUGCUGCAUGUUGAGCCGAAUGGCCAGGUGGAAAUGAGUCUCAAAAAGAGCCGUCUCGGCCAGGCGGUGGUCCAGGAUGUGUUUGCUGAUCUGCAAGUGGGACAAAAAGUUGCGGCCCGUGUUCGUGCCACAGCAGAGUAUGGUGUAUUCUUGAAGAUCGAUGGCACGGACAUCAGUGGGCUGUGCCACAAGAGCGAAUUAUCUGAUAAUAAAACAUCUGAUGCAGUCCGUGCAUUCGCCGUGGGUGACCGGGUCAAGGCCGUCAUUCUCAAAUUAGAUCAUGAGAAAAAGCGUAUCUCGUUCGGGUUGAAGCCCUCAUAUUUUGCCGACGAAGACUUUGACGAUGAAGAAGACGAGCAAGAGGAGGACAGUGACGAAGAAGAUGAGGAUGAUGAAGACGAUGAUGAAGACGAUGAAGAGGAAGAAGUCGCACACAGUCUUGUUGAUGAUGAAGCAGAGGAUGAGGACGAAGACGGAGAUGAAGAUGAAGACGAGAAUGGGGACGAAGACGGAGAGGAUGAUGAAGACGAGGAUAAUGAAGACUUGGUCGACUUGAUGGACGAUGAAGACGAUGACGAAGACAGCAUGGAUGAUGACGUCGACGAAAGUAUGGGAGACCUCGACCCAAAUGACGACGUUACUAAGAAUCAUGUUGAUGAGGCCGAAUCAGAUGGCGAUGAUGGCGAUGAUGCCCUGCCUGCUCGGUCUAUUCAAGAAGGUUUUCGUUGGGGUGCACCGGAGCAAGAGUCGGAAGACGAUUCGGACGAGGAUGAGCUGGACAAGUCCACUCGUCCAGCAAAAAAGGCCAAGUCGGACGACAUCACCGCUGACCUCUCGGCCAAGAAGCUCGACUCUGCCACAGACUUUGAGCGAGUGUUGUUAGGGUCGCCGAACAGUUCCUACCUUUGGAUCCAGUUUAUGACUUUCUAUCUACAACUUGGUGAUGUGGACAAGGCGCGUCAAGUGGCGAGGCGUGCCAUCAAGGUCAUUCAUUAUCGUGAGGAGCAGGAAAAGCUGAAUGUAUGGAUGGCCCUCCUGAACAUUGAAAAUUUGUACGGCUCGCCAGAGACGCUAGACGCCGUUUUCAAGGAGGCUGUGUUGUGCAAUGAUGCACUGGAAGUACAUAUGCGCCUCCUGUCAAUCUUUGAGCACGGUGAUAAGGUAGACGAGGCGCUGGCUCUUUUCCCGCGCACCGCGAAAAAGUUUGGCUUUGUGCCCGACGUUUGGAUCCGGUGGUACGAAUUUCUUUUGCAGCACGAGAGAAGCGAUGACGCACAUGCGCUCGUCUCUCGCAGUCUUCAAAGCCUCGAUCGUACAAAGCAUCUCCGGGCUCUCACAGCGUAUGCCUUGGCAGAGUACAAGCUAGGCGACGUUGAACAUGCCCGGACAUUGUUUGAAACUCUCGUGGAGCGGUAUCCUAAACGAUCCGAUCUGUGGUGGCAGUACGUCGACCAGGAAGUGCGCUUGGAGAACAUAGAGGGUGCGCGUUCGCUGAUGGAGCGGUGCCUCGUCGCCCGGAAGCACACCACAAAGCAAAUCAAGGCCCUCCUCCAGAAAUGGCUUGUCAUCGAGAAACGCAUCGGUGACCAAGCAGGCGUCCAGCGUGUCUUGGAACGUGCACGCGACUUUGUGGCCCGUGUCCAACAAGGGUCCGUGGACGAGCAAGUCGAGUCAGAGGAGGAUGAGUGA